AUGAAGCAGCUGGCGCCAGCGACUGAGACGGGGGUGCCCGCGCCGCGGAGUGCGACGAGCCCAGCUGGCUCUGUCCCCAGCCUCCUCGCGGAGCUCAGCGCCUUCGCGUCGAAGCUCACGGCGACGGAGGCCUCGGCCCUGAAGAGCCCGAUCCAGGCGCUGGUCACCACCAUCCAGAAGGUGCAGCAGCAGCAGGCCGCGGCGCAGCAGGAUCAGCAGCAGGGGAUGGCCAUUGACAACGUCGGAGCACCUGGUGCGCCUGCGCCUGCGACCCCAGCUGCCCCGCCCGCGGGGGCCGCCGCGGCGGGCGCGGCGCCCGACCCAGCCCCGCCGCCAGCCGAGACUGGCCGCCGCGGCGAGGGGCCUGGCGACGGCAAGGGCGACGGCACAGGGGACGCGGCAUGCUGGGGCAGAGACAGGAGUCCCCCAUCAGGGGCCUCCCAGCGGUGA